AUGUCUGGGGUUGAUCGUUUGUUCGAUGUGAAGAACUUGUUCUUUCUCGGACAGUACCAGCAAUGCAUUCUCGAGGCACAGAAACUAAACACUAAGGUUGAAGAGGAGAAGGUUGCCAAAGAUGUGUUCAUGUAUCGUUCAUACAUUGCUCAAGGGAAGGCUUCCCUGGUGCUGAACGAGAUUUCGGAGCGUACUGACAAUCCAUCCUUGAAGGCAGUACGCCGCCUUGCCGAGUACCAGAAUGCAGCCGAUAAGCAGCGCAUCGCGAAACAAAUCCAAGAGGAAGUUUCUGAAGGGACAAGCCCUACUGAUGACACUUCAUACAUUGUAGCUGCCUUGAUUUUGAACGAAGAGAACAAUCCAGAUGAUGCAAUGCGUAUUUUAUCAAAGAGUGACUCACUAGAAGCUCAUUCUGCCACGGUCUUCACUUUACUUCAAAUGGACCGUGUUGAUUUGGCUGCGAAGGAAUUGAAAAAGAUGAAUGACAUUGACGAAGAUGCCACCUUGACACAGCUCGCCCUUGCAUGGGUUAAUAUGACUGUGGGCAAGGAUAAAUUAAAAGAUGCCUACUAUAUUUAUCAAGAAAUGAUAGACAAGUAUGGCCAAAGUCCGAGACUUCUUAUCUGUCAGUCUGCCGUUCUCAUUCUCCAGGGGAAAUAUAAAGAUGCUGAGGCUUUGUUACACGAGGCUCAAUUACGAGAUGCCAACAAUUGUGAAGCUCUUGUGAACCUAGUUGCACUUAGCCAGUUCCUUGGAAAAGACAGCGAGGUAAUGAAGCGAUAUAUUUCUCAACUGCGUGAUAUUAAUCCAAAUCAUCCGUGGGUGAAGGAUCUGAAGGCGAAGGAAAAUUUAUUUGAUGAACUUGUUGCCGCUUAA